CCGUCGACCGACGCCGCCGCCGCCGCCGCACGGGGAGGCGCUGUGGGGACCCAGACUGAGCGCGGAGACGGGCCGACGGACCGAGGCCGGCCCCAGGCGCCCGCUCCCCGGCGCCCGCUCCCCAUGGAUAGGAACUACCCCAGCGCCGGCUUCGGGGAUCCGCUGGGCGCCGGCCCGGGAUGGAGCUACGAGCGCUCGGCCAAGGCCAGCCUGGUGUACGGUGGAUCCCGGAGCUCACACCCAGACACGGAUAUCUUACACCGCCAGGCGUACGCCACCCCCCAUCCUCUGCAGGGCUACGCCACAAACCACCACCCGGCAGGUCUCUCUGGCCUGUUCGAGACAGGGCUCCAUCAUGCCAGCAGUGCCACCCCGGACGCCUCUGUCAUGAAUCUCAUCUCAGCGCUGGAGUCUCGGGCACCUCAGCCGGGCCCUUCUGCCUCUUCCCUGCUCUCCCAGUUCCGCACCCCAUCCUGGCAAACAGCCAUGCACACUCCAGCGCCCGCCGAGCUCUUCAUCUCGGGGGCCCUCCCAGGCUCCGGCACCUUCCCCUCCUCGUCGGCACUCUCCGCUUACCAGCACCCAGCCUCCUUCAGCGGGCGCAGCUUCCCGGUCACUUCCUCGCUCACCCUGCAGGAUGCCACCUUCAGCCCCACCUCCAACGGCCUCUUGUCCCCACAUGACCCCCUGCUGCACAUCAAGUCCUCCCAGCCCAGCGUCCCCUCCUCCCUCAGCUUUGACCGGCUGGGCAGUGCAGUGCUGGGCACGGGCUUGCCCUCCCAGAGCUCAGCGUACCGCAGCGCUCAAGAGUCGGCUUCCCGCCACCUGCCCUCCCAGUUCAACCUCCUGUCGUCCUCGCUGGGGCCCUCCGACCAGACAUCCCAGCUGUACAACACCUCCGUCUUCUCCAGCUCGCCCGCCUCCUCCAUCGACAGGGCCAUCCCGCGCCAGGACAGUGUCAUCAAGCAUUACCAGAGGCCCUCCAGUGCCCAGCCCCAGCUGCCCGCCGCCCAUUCCCUCCAGCACUACCUGAGCUGUGGGGGCAGCUACCAGCAGAUGCCCCACCGUUCCAGUCUAUCGUGCAGCCCCUUGGGCGAGCAGUCGCCCGCCAGCAGCGAGGGCUCGCAGCAGCAGAAGACCUCCCAGGCCACACGGCAAGAACCCUCCCAAAGCUACCGCCCCAUCAUCCAGUCCCCCGGCUACUCUGGCACGGCCUCCUCUUCCAAGUCCAAGAGCUACUCAGCCUCCCGCCAGCCGCCACGCUCCACCGCCACGCCCAAGUGCCAAAGCAACUACAGCUCAUCCACUCCUAAGCCCAGCUCCGUCAUCGCGAGCCAGUCGCAGGCCUAUUCGCCCGGGCAGCCCCAGAGCCUGCUCUCUAUGAGCCAAACGCAGAGCUACUCAGUCAGCCAGCCGCAGAACCUGUCUUCGGUCAGCCAGGCCUCACAAGGCUUCAGCAGCAGCCAGGCCCAAGACCUCACAAGCGUGAGCAAGGCGCAGAGCUACUCAACGACAGGGCAGGCCCAGCAGGGCCAGGCCGGGCAGGGCGGGCAAGGGCUGCAGACCUGUCAGAAUCAGACUUACUCGCCAGAGCAGCUCCAAGGCCUGUCGUACAGCGUCCAGGCUGAGCCUCAUGUCUCCGUUAGCCAGACGCCGAGCUACGUGCCGGCUCACUCGCAGGGGAUGCCCACGGCCAGCCCGUCGCUGAGCUACAGCACCGGCCACUCGCCAGCCAUGCCAGGGCACAGCCAGUCCAUCGGCUACUCACACAGUCAGAGCCUCCCGGACUCGAGCCCUUCACAGAUCAUCCGGCCCCUCCAGUCGCCCACCACAAACCGGCCCCAGAGCGUGGCGUCGCCCGGGCAGUCUCAGAAGUACCUCACCUCCGUGCUGUCUCCUUCGUUCAUGCAGCCGGCCCACACCCAGAGCUACCAGAGUUCCCAGGGAGGGCUGGAGAGGGCAGCGUCCUAUGGCAAAUCCAAGACCGACUCGGACCUGCUGUCCUCGGAGCGGACGGAGGACGAGGAGUUCCUGAUCCAGCACUUGCUGCAGUCGCAGAGCCCGCCCCGCGUGCCCCCCGAGGGCAUGGUGGAGUGCGAAGAGAGGGCCGGGAAGGGGAUGGGCUAUGAGCUGAGCAAGACGGAGGAACGCUACCACCUGCAGAGCGUCAUCCGGACCAACUCCAACCUGGACAACCAAGGCCUCGAGAUGUCCCUGCAGGGUCUCAAGGACAAGAAGAAAGGGGAGCGGCAGAAGGAGUAUUCGCACACGCGCUCGACGCCAGAGUCCCUGGCCACCUCCGUGGUCCACUACAGCCACCAAACUGGCUCCAUGGACUCCUACGGGCAGGAGAUCAAGAAGUCGGUUGAGCAGCACCUCCAGGGAGGACACAUGGACACGGGGGGCAAGGAGAUAUCGCAAGCACACUCGUACCUGCAGAAGACCCCGGAGCACGCCCCCCAGCCGCACCCCAUGGAGCCUCACGGGAUGAUGCCUGGGCAGCAGGGGGGUGCUUUGAUGUUGGACUCCCCUCCCGACCUGCCCCCGCUCUCCCUCUCGCAACAGCAGCAACAGCAACAACAAUCCCAGCUGCUCCAGUCGGUGCUCACUCACACACAGAGCCAGCUGCACUCGCGCGGGAAGGUGCGCACCCCGCUGGACGUCCACCUGAUGGAGCCGCAGCGCAUGCACCAGGCCGAGGCGCCCUCUCCGCAGCUCCAGAUGCAGGCGCUGGAAGCCCACCUGCACCAGGCGCAUGUGCGCUCGCAGAGCAUGGAGGCGCAGCUGCUGGAGCCGCAGCAGUCGCCACAGCUCCAGGGCCAGCUGCAGCAGGAGAGGAUGCAAUCGGAGGGCAUGGAGGUGAUGCCCCAAGGCAACCUUUCCCAGUCUCAGGAGAUCCAGGAUUUCCUGGAGCCCGAGCUGAGUCUGGAGUCCCACCUGGGGCAGAGUGGCUCGGUCCAGAACCAGCAGCACCUCCUCCCCGACGCCGGCCUGGACCCCGACUCCUCCCAGCAGGUCCCUCAGGGCCAGCUGGAGGGCAAGGACCAGUUUGAAAGCCCCAGCCCGCAGGGGGCCAAGCAGCGCUUUGUCCCCCUCACCUCCAUCUGCUUCCCGGACUCUUUGCUGCAAGAUGAGGACCGCAGCUUCUUCCCGGGCAUGGAGGACAUGUUCGGGCCUCCUCCUUGCGCCGGAGACGAGUUCCCCAAGCCGGACGACGGGACCCAAGGCAUGGAGAGGGGAGAGGGCAUGAAAGGCGGAGGCUACGACAUGAUGCAAGGGGGGCAAGGCUACCAGAGCUACUGCCAGUCAGAGAGCGGAGAUGGGCAGCACUUGGGCCUGGACUCUGUCUCUGUGAAGCAUGAGCUGCCUUCGACGGUCAACACCGAGCAGCUGGGCUUGAUCCAGUCAGGGCAGCACGGGACGGCCCCCGUCUCGGAGUCCAAGUCUGGCCUGACGUCGCCCAUCUUCUGCUCGUCCAAGCCCAAGAAGCUGCUGAAGACCUCGUCCUUCCACCUGCUCAAGAAGCGGGAGCCCCCCUUCCAGCCGCCCAAGAAGAACUACGCCCAGGAGUACGAGUUCGAAGACGACGAGGACAAGGAGGACGUCCCGGCCGACAUCCGCCUCAACAGCCGCCGCCUGCCGGACCUGCUACCGGACCUCAUCUCCAGCUGCCGGACCAACCGCACCAGCCUCAGCCCCAUGGGCGACAUAGACUUCUGCCCGCCCAACAGCGGCCUCCUGGAAGGGCCCAAGCGCCGCGGCCGCAAGCCGACCAAGCCCAAGCGGGAGGGCCCGCCCCGACCCCGCGGGAGGCCCCGCAUCCGGCCCCUGACUGAACCGCCCCAUGGCGUGGCUCACGAUGGCACCAAGAAGCCCCGUGGCCGGGGGAGAGGGAGGGGCAAGAAAGCCGGGGAGGAGGGGGUUGAGCCAGGAGCAGGCUUGGAGUCCCUCAAACCACUCAAGAUCAAACUUCCAGUCCCCAAAGGUUUGGAGGGGUCUCAGUUGGAGGCUUCCGCCCCAUCUCAUCAGCCCGCUCAAGAGAGCAGUCUGGAUAGCAGCCAGACCCGAGAGAAGAUCAAACAGAAGAUCAAAGAAGUGGAAGAGAAGCAGCCUGAAAUGAAGUCGGGGUUCAUGGCCUCCUUCCUGGACUUCCUUAAGUCGGGCAAGCGUCAGACGCUGCCUUCCUCUGCCUCCUCCACCUCCUCGGCCGCCACAGUCGGGGCCCCCGGCACGGCGGUUACCAUGGUCGCGCCUUCAGGCAGCCCCUCCAAGACGCCCCGUCCCCCGUCAGCCACAUCCUCCUCCUCCUCCUCCCAGCCGCCGCCUCCCUUCAGCAUGGCGCCCCCGAUGCUGCCUGGCGGCUUGGAUGGGCCCGAAGGGGACCCUGCCGGGCUCGUGAUGAGCUGCACCAGCCCCUGCAAGCGGCUGGAUGAGGAGCUGAAGCGCAACCUGGAGACGCUGCCCUCCUUCUCGUCCGACGAGGAGGACUCCGUCAGCAAGAACCAGGACCUCCAGAAGAGCAUCUCCUCAGCCAUCUCAGCGCUCUACGACCCCACCGACCGCAAGGAGGGAGAACCCAAUGAUGUGCCACCCGUGGAGGAGAAAAUCCCCAGCCCAGCUCCCUCAGUGGAGGCAGAUGUCCAGCCAGAGCUACCCCCGCCGCCCAUCUCCCCAGCUCCCUCGCCCAAGGAGGCUCCACCUGUCCCCGAGGAGCCACCUGUUCAGGCAUCUCCUGAGCCUGAGGACCCUGAGGACACACGGCCUCUUCACCUUGCCAAGAAGCAGGAGACGGCGGCCAUUUGUGGAGAGACGGACGAAGAAGAGGCAGAGAGCGGUGGGGAGGGGAUCUUCCGAGAACGCGAUGAGUUUGUCAUCCGCGUGGAGGACGUUCAGGCCCUCAAGCUUGCUCUUCAGACUGGGCGGGAGCCGCCGCCAAUCUGGCGGGUUCAGAAAGCUUUGCUCCAGAAGUUCACCCCUGAAAUAAAGGACGGGCAGCGACAAUUUUGCGCAACCAGCAAUUAUCUGGGCUAUUUUGGCGAUGCCAAGAACCGGUACCAGCGCCUCUACGUUAAGUUCUUGGAGAACAUCAACAAGAAGGAUUACGUCCGCGUCUGCUCCAAGAAGCCUUGGCACCGGCCCCUGCAAGCUGUCAGGAGACAGAGCCAGCCCAAGGCGUCUGGCCCCAAGACCCCGGUGCUGCCCAAAGUGGAGAAACCUGAGAAGCUGGAAGUCCCAGAGAAGGCCGAGAAGCCUGAGAAGCCCGAGAAGCCCCCCAAGGCCGAGAAGCCCCCCAAGGCCGAAAAAGCGGACAAAGCCGAGAAGCCCCCCAAGGCUGAGAAAGCGCCGAAGCUGGAAAAGCCCCCCAAGGUCGAGAAGUCUGAAAAGCCCCCCAAGGCGGAAAAAGUGGCCAAAGUAGAAAAGCCCCCCAAGGCGGAGAAAACUGACCCCCCUGUUCCCGUCCCCACAAAAGCUUCCCCAGCCGGCGGAGCGUCGAAACCCAAGCCUAAGCCAGCAAAGGUGAAGGCUGAGCCCCCUCCCAAGAAGAGGAAAAAAUGGCUUGCUGAGGCAGCGUCCUCCUCUGACUCAGAUUCCAGCCCUGACCAGCAGAGCGAGGAGGAGCGUGUGCCGACGGGCCGUAUUCUGAACACGCGAGCCAUGAAGGAGAUGUACCGCAGCUACGUGGAAAUGCUGGUCAGCACUGCCCUCGACCCAGACAUGAUCCAAGCUCUUGAGGAUACAAACGAUGAACUUUAUCUUCCGCCCAUGCGAAAGAUUGAUGGGAUAUUGAACGAUCACAAGAAAAAGGUGCUGAAGAGAGUAUCUCUUAAUCCGUCGCUACAGGAGGCUCUCCACACGUUCCCCCAACUCCACACCGAGACGUGCGACGCCACAGUCAAGUUGCGCCUAGGGGGCGAACCUUACAACCGCAAGACACUCAACAAACUCAAGAAGAAUGUAUCCAAACAGCAGGAAUUCAGUGUGGAGGUGGAGAAGUCCUUUUUCUACACUCUGUACCAUUCCCUUCACCACUACAAGUACCACACAUUUCUGCGUUGUAAGGAUGAGACAACGGCGAUCGAGGGUCAGGACGAGGACCUGGGCCAGGAAGAAGUGGUGCAGCAGUGCAUGCGCAACCAGCCGUGGCUGGAGAAACUGUUUGACUCCUUCAGCGAGUUGCUGACUCAGGCACAGAGCAAAUGUGCGUGACGCAGCCGCCGGAGCCACGCCCCGGGAGGGGCUACCUAACGCCCGCCCCUCUGCAGAGCCAGAGCAGGAAGUGGGGAGAGGAAAGUCGAGGGGUACCAUCACAGGCAACGAGUUCAGACUCAGCUUACCAUCACCACCACCACCACCCCUUCCCUUUUCAGGUUUUCUUUUCUUUUUUAAAAAAAUCAGGACCUGGGAUGCGCCUCUUUAUUUUUAUUUUUGGUGGUGGGGUGCGCGGGAGGUUUGUGAUGGCAGAGAGCACACGUUGAGGAGGGUUCUCAUCAAAAGGAGCGGAUGGCUGGACAGCCCCCUUUCCCUUUUGCCCUGGCUGUACAGAGAAAUAUUAUUUAUAUAUAAAUGUAUAAAUGUCUAAUUGGAGCAGCCUCGCCCCCUGCUCUGGUGGGGACUGAGAGUAGGAGAACCCCCAUAGGAAGGUCAGAGGAGUGUUGGUGCCGGGAUCUGGAGCUUGUGGGGAUGGGAUCCAGGAGCCGUAGGUUUCAUCGGGGUGACGGGGUGGGAAUGGGGACACGUGUGUUUUGGCGGGCAGCGUGAAUAAACACAUACAAGAGGGUCCAGGGUACUGUCCUGCAUCUUGUCCAUCAGGAACCUCUCCCUAGGGAAAGCUGAGUGUGUGUGGGGCAGGGGGUGUAUUUGGCCACCCUUAACGCAGUGCCCAGAUCCUUUUACCCACAGUCUGACCAGGCAAUGAGACCCCACUUCCUCUCCCUGCCCGUAGACAACUCUCAUCCCAUCUCUGCCAAAUAAACUGUUGCUUUGAGUUGAGGCUAGGGAGAGGCAGUCCACUCACACACUCACAGCGAUUGCCUCUGUUAUUGCUUCCAACAGGAAUAUUUAUUGCCAAGUUGCCCCUUCCCAACCAAACGGUUGCAAAGAGCCACCCCCAACCCACUCCCGCAGGCUGCCUCUGGAGCACCUUCCUUCUUCACUCAGCCAUUUUCGUGGGGGGCGAUCGCUGCUGGUGGACCUGCCACGAGCCACUCUCCCCCCUUCUUUUCUUUUUGCCCGCCAAGUUUGGGGUUCUAGCUCUUUGGGACGUGUGGAGCAUCUCUCCACCCAUAACCCUUCUGAAUAGGUAACCAUAAAUGGGGGGGCAUAGUGACCCCCAUAGCAACCUGUCUGUAUCAAGGCUCCCUACAUCUCUCUCCUUCCCAUCCCUUCCACUUUCGCCCAUUUUUAAAAAAGACUGUUCAGACUUUCUCAACUGGCCCUCACACGGAUCACGGAAAGGGUUGCGCUAGGCCGUAGUUAUGUCCCUCUGUGCUUUUCUUAGAACUGAGCUCCUUUGAGGAAAGGAUAAUUCCCUUCCAGCCCCUUCCUCGUGGUGUUUGACAAGGCAGGAUUCUGCUCCCCAUCCCUCCCCUCAGCUGUAUAUACUGUAUAGGAUAAAAAGUCUAUGUAUCAUAUUGUAUUUGACUAACUUGAACUUAACGAUACGCAGGAGUUUCUCUCUCUCUCUCUCUUUCUCUCUCUCCUCACCUGUAGCUGUGACGUUAUUUGGUUUGGACUGAAACUUUUCAUUAGGAGGUCGUUAUUAUUAUUAUUUUUAAUCACCAUUAUUGUUGUUGUUGUUAUUGAGGGGGAAAGGAGAUUCUGUGUUCCCCCCACCCCGCAGCCUCCUAAGCAAAGAUCCCUCUCUAACCCUGAGCUGAAAUGCUAAAAUAAACUCUCUUUAGAUAGACAAUUAGGUCCUUGCCCUGUUUCACACACUUUCUGCUCGCAGCCCAGCCCGGUCAUUCAGCCAGCCUCUCUCAUAUAUCACCCAUAGCCCAGCCAGUUAACCAGUUUCCACCUCGGCAUGUUUUCUCCUUUGGGUUUUCCUAGUGACCUCCCAGAUCCAUCUCACAUCUCCACGUAGAUUCCCCUGCUAGAUCAGAUUCCCGCCCCCCCAAACCAACGUCUACCUCAUUCCCACUCCCCGAGACUACUUCUGAUUUCUCUGUACCAGCCCAGUCUCCACACGGUUCUGUUUUUGUUUCUUCUUUGCUUUUCUCUACCGUCAAAAGGUUGCAGGUUUGAUCCCCAUAUGGGGCAGCUGCAUAUUCCAGCAUUGCAAGGGGUGCUGAAAGCACCCACCCACCAGUUUGAUUUUUUAAAAUCAUGGUUCCCACACACUUCCCAUGGAGGAAGUGCAAAAAGGUACUCUAGGGUGGAGGAGAAAACAGAUCCCACCUCAGAAGAGGGCUUGGUCCCAUUGCCCCAGCAGAGCUUCUUCAGUUAAGUUUCUGGACAGCACAGAAAUGUGCUGGGGGCCCAUCUGGCUGUGUUAGAUCAGGGUCCCUUAUAUAUACACAACUCUCCACAGCCCCCUGGAUCCUACCCUUUCCCCUUAAUUAUUUAUUGUGGAUGAGUAGAGGUUGGCAAGUGUGAUUGUGAGAGUGCAUGGAGGGGGGUGGAACUUGGUGUACAUGAGCUCCACUCAGAAUGGAGUGUUUUUAAAGGGGGAAGAGGGUUGACUGGCUUCCUUUUGGAUAUUUUAAAAGCUUGCAAUUUAGUUUUUAACACCUUUUCCCCUCACAAACCCGGUUUACUGAUAGCUGUUGGGCCUUAGAGGCGAAGGACUGUAGCUUGAACCUGUGUGUGGAGGUGGGGUUAGUAAGUUGGGGUUUGGGAAACGAAGGGAUGGGGGGACAUACACGUGGUUUGUUUUCGAGGGACAUUCAGAGCCUCAAUACCUCCUGGAACGACAGACUUGCACCAUCAAUUUCAUGCAAAAUUUUGCUAAGGCGUUUGCCCCCUGGACGGAGGGGCCAAGCAGCCCAAACCCUGUGCACCAGAAUUGGAAGGGCCCAGCUCAGAGUUGUUUAAGAAUGUGUGUGCGCGCACACACAGAAACACACCCCACAGCUUCCUGUGACGAAAAGACUUCUCCUCCUCCUCCCCCACCCGCCCCAAAUUUGGAUCUUGGAAGGCCCCCUUUUUUACGAUGUGUAUUUCUGUGUAUCUUGUUCGCGCCUCAAGGGUAUUGUUCUGAGAUAAUGGGAUUUGUGUUCUGUAUUAUUGGAUGUUCCUAUAUAUUUUUAUUGUUUAUUAUUAGUGUCUGAGACGUUUUUUUCUCUCAAUAUGUAAAACUCACAUUGUAUACUGUGUACACAAACAAAAUGACAAAAAACACUUUUCUUUGCAAAAAUCAAA